AUGGACGCCCAGUAUGGCUACAACCUCAGCUAUAUGAUUCCUCGCAAGGAGGAACCGCUUCCUCUAUUCCCUGCUCGAACUACCAUGCCACGGCCCCUGUCAGAGGCGACUGAGAUAUCCGACGAGGAAGCCGCUGCAUACCUCUACGAUUCACCCAUGAGAAGUGUUGCUUCGUUUGGGACUGGAAGUGUUUCAACGGCUUCAACCCCCGACCAAGUGACCACCCCAGAAUCCACUGGCCUCACUGCCUUUGAUUUCCAUAUCGAGGAUAAGAAUACUCGCGGACCCUCAGGGCCUCAUUUGUUCAGGACAUCCGUCGUCUCUGAUCAUCAGUCAGCGCUGGAAGUUGACCUCAUGCUGGAGCCGACACCUGGUACCGCCGUUGCUCCUUUCCACAACAGAGCCUCUAAGCUGGAGCCAUAUCGACAAGAUACCCCACUUCCAAGUCAUCUUACUUCAGUGACCCCCCAGCCACAAUAUGAACCUAGAAUCGAGCGGGUCUCGAGUUUUGGAACAAUGGCUACGGCUGAUUGGUCACCCCAGGACGUCGUACAAUGGAUGCAAAGCCUAGGAUUCGAGAGCGAUAUCGUCCACAAGUUCUUGCAGAACGACAUCUCUGGUGAAAUUUUGCUUGAGCUCCAGUCUGAAGACCUGAAGGAACUCGACAUUUUGUCCUUUGGUAAGCGACGUCGGAUUAUGAGUUCUAUUCAGAGCCUUAGGAGUGGUUCUUCUGUGUCUGGCAGCUCUGUCCCAAGUUCUUCAAGAAACUCGGGUUCAACUGCGGAGAUUCAGUCUACUGUGCGAACUUCAACCAUGAUGUCCAGCACCAGCCGUCACCAAUCAAGCAUUGGCUCUCAACAGUCAAACAGCAGUUACAACUCCUGUCCUUCAACCGAUGAAGAUAGCGUUGAGACGAGGCCCAGACGUCGUCGCCAGCAGUCUAGUCCAGAGAUCCACCGGACUAGUGAUGUCCAGCCUGGUGACUCCGUCUCAAUUGUUGCUAUUGAGCAGCUAUUGCCCAAGAUGCAUAACUGCUCCAAGGGUGAACAUUGUCGCAAGUGGCAGAAACAGCAAGCGAAGAUUGCUCGGCUGGCUCAAGAUCUGCCAAUCCAGGCUUUUGGUGGUCGUGCUAUUCUUACCGGCGACCCAGGGAAUCCACUCACAGCACCAAAUCUCCUCAAGUCCCCAACUAAAUCUGAGAUCACACCCUCCAUUGUGGCCUCUUCUGAUGCAAUGGGUGUUGACCGACCGAGUACGAUGCAGUUGUCGCAGGAGCGUCUGAAGGAAGUUCAGCCACAAGAUCCCCAAGAAAAUGUUCGCAAUUACUUGAACUUUCAGAGCUUGUCGAAGCUGCAGACCGUCAAUGACCCUCCAACCCCCCCUCGAGAAUCGCUUCCCUCGCCGGAUUCCGAAUCUCCAGAUUCUGCUAAAAUCACACCCACCUUGGCAGAUAAUCUUCGUGGCCUGCCUAGACUGCACAUCCCCAGUAUGCACAGCAUUGCUAGCACUGUUCCCACUGAAAACUGGUCGGCCCUCAAGACUGUUACGCCUUCUAUUCUGACAAAACAUCAUCAACUCCACCCAGACGAGAUGACGGCUAUUCCCGGAGGGCUGCAAGCUCAAUCUCGCGGACCCAUAGCAUCACCUGGUGACUUCUAUCGCUACGAUCCGACCUACAGACAGGAAACUCCGUUCUCAGAAGUAGAUGUUCCUGUGACUGCAAUUCCCGUCGGCCCCGUUGCGCGCGAAGAAUCCCAAUCGGUGCCUCCCAACAUGCGCUUCGGUAACAGGUUCUUCAUGCCAGUGGAUCCCAUUGUUCGCCCGUCGUCCACAAAGCAAGAGCCUCAUCAUCGACGGUGUCCAUCAGCACAGGGUGGCCGUAUGCUCAACCCACUGAAAGAAGACAAGGUGUUGACCCCAAUCGAGACACCCGAAGACUUGAAAAACACUCCCCGCGCGCCCCACUGCCGGAACAAUCUCUUCGUUAAUGCUCAAAAUGGCCAUGGGCCCAACGAUGCGACUCACAGUGGUUGGAUGAAGAAGCGCAAGACCACUCGCCUCCUCCGCCAUGAAUGGGAAGACCACCACUUCACCUUGAAGGGCACCCAGCUCUCUAUGCACAAUGAUGAGGAAGCUGCUCGCCGAAACUCCAAAGCUCUCGAGCGCAUUGAUGUGGAUGACUACGCAGUGGCAUGUUCAUCGCUUGCGUCCAACUCAAAGUUGACUGCAGCUUUCAAGAAGACUGUUUUGAAGCGGCGAGACAAUAUUCCUGAGGAAUCGGCUUUUGCAUUCUCCUUGAUCCCAGCGCCCAACAACAAUGGCAGCGCCAUUGAUCGCAAGACCUUGUUCUUGAACAGCGGAAAGUCUCAUCAUUUUGCCGUGAAGACACGUGACGAGCGCAUCGACUGGAUGCGUGAGCUUAUGCUGGCCAAGGCUCUAAAGCGUGGACGUGAAGAAGGUGCCUCCGUCAACAUGAAUGGCAAUAUGAUUUGA